AUGUCGAGAUCAUCAGCUCAAAUCCCUGUGAUUGACAUAUCUCCCUCAAACCCGAACGCUGCGACACAGCUUCUCGAUGCCGCGGCGAAUAAUGGCUUCGUGUUCGUCGAGAACAAUGCAGCCGCGGGAAUGCCACCAGCCAAAGUCAAAGAGAUGUUUGAUCUGAGCACAAAGUUCUUCCAAGGUCCGAUUGAGAAUAAGCAAAACUGUCCCACGCAGAACAACCGAGGGUGGGUGUCUAUGCAGCAAGAGACACUUGAUCCUGGUAAUCAGAAGAGAGGCGACUUCAAAGAAGCCUUCAACCUUGGUGAAUUCGAUGGCAACAAACCCAACCAACCCCUUCCCGAGCCCUUCUCUACUCAAGUCAACACGGUAGCAGACUUCAGCCACUCCUGCCAUGCUCUCUGCAACAAGCUUCUCCAGCUCUUUGCUGAAGCGUUAGAGAUACCAUCCGACUGGUUCAGCUCGCGACACGAUCAAGCCAAAGGACCAUCAGGAAGUAUCAUGCGUUUGCUCUACUAUCCUUCUGUUCCAGAUACUCUGGCUCCAGAUGAAGACGAUAUCCGCGCUGGCGCUCAUAGUGAUUACGGCACUCUAACUCUCCUAUUUCAACUACCGGGUCAACCUGGCUUGGAAAUCAAGACUCCUUCUGGUGAGUGGGAGAGUGUGCCAGUUGAUCCUCAUGGCACCUUGCUCAGCGACCUUUCAAAGCCUUUGCCCAUCUUGGUGAACAUCGGUGAUUUGCUGGCUUAUUGGACAAAUGGCUUGUUGAAGAGUACAGUGCACAGAGUUAUCUUCCCCAAAGACGCGAGGAGGGGUGGCGAAGACAGGUACUCGAUGGCUUACUUCUGUCAUCCAUUGGACGAUGCUGAGUUAGUCCCUGUGCCGAGCAAGCGUGUCGAGCAGUACGAAGGCGGCAUCGAUGGAGUGAAGAAAGGAGGAAAGACGCUGACGGCCAAAGAUCACUUGCUUGAACGUCUGGCAGCGACAUAUGGCACAAAAGCUUAG